AUGCAGCAAGAGGAUGACGAAAACAUUACUAAACGGUGGAAGGGUUCCGAUGGACUUUCUUUACCAUCGUUACGAUCAUCAUCAUCAACAGGGACAAAGGGAUUAGGUUACUCCAAAAUUUACAGAAUGCAGCAAGAGGAUGACGAAAACAGUACUAAACAGUGGAAGGGUUCUGAUGGACUUUCUUCACCAUCAUCACGAUCAUCAUCAUCAACGGGAAAGGAAAUAAAAAAUGCAGACCUUGUUGACAAACUUCCUAUGGAACUCCUUGAUACCAUUUUCAAGAAAUUAAAUCUUGCUGACCUUUUUGAAAUUGCUGGAGUGUCCAAGAGCUGGAGGUUCAACCAAAGAACUUAUUGGAAAUCAUUCAUGGAAUCACAAUCACCAUUUGUGGUUCAAAAAACUUCAUUUGCCAGAAAACAUUUGUCAUUCAUUUGCUUACCUGAGAGAAAGUUGUAUAGCACUAAGAUGGAUAUGAGUUUUUCGGGCUUAUCCUACUCUGGCUGUUCAAGUGGAUAUUUGAUCUUUGCAGGUCCUAGGACUCUUCUCCUAAUGAACCCUUUUACCAGAAGGCAGAAGAAAGUAAGUACCUCAGGCAUUAACAUCUACUGGGACUAUCAGGAUUACCGUUCCUUAUUUGCUUUGGUGAAAGGUUCUGCAGAGUUUGUUAUAGUGAUUCAUUCUGUCAUUUCUCAUAGUUUACAUGUCUAUCAAUCUCGCAAUUCUCAAUGGGCUACUGCUACUUAUUGGAAGUGGGGAACUCAAUGGAAGAUUGUGGACACGGUUGUUUUUGGUAAUGUUAUAUAUGCUCUUACUAACGAGGCCAAGAUAGGGGUACUUAACCUGAACUCUGUGGGUAUAAAAAUGAUUGAACUUAGAAAUACUCCUGCAAAAAAUUGUGACAACCUUAGGUUGGUCAGUUCUGAUGAGGGACUUUUAGUGGUUGAUUUUAAGCCCGGGGAAAUAUUGGAUGUGUACAAAGUAGACUUCUCAAACAUGGAGUAUGUCAAACUAGAUACAUUGCGCGAUGGUGCAUUAUUCUGUUCAUCACGUGCAUCAUGUUAUGCAUUGAGCAAUCCAACCAUGUGGGGAUACAGAAGCAACCAUGUCUAUUCCAUUUGUGAAUCAGAUCCAAAAUGUGCAGUGUAUUCAUGGAGUAAUGAACAGCAACUUAACUAUGCUCCUGGUGGAUAUGAUCCUAAAGAAAAGUCCAAACUCUAUUGGGUGGAUUGGUGUUUUCGACAUCUAAGGGACGAGGUAGAUUAUUCUUUGGUUGAGUAA